AUGGCCAAGUGGCUCCGGGAGUACCUGGGCCGGGGGGCCCGGCGCUCCCCGCCGCGCCCGCCCCAGCCCGACUACAGCGGGCCCGGGGGCCCCCCCGGUACCGCCGCCGCCUCCCCGCGCCACCGCCUCGUGCGGGUGGGGGGCGCGGGCCCGGGGGGCGGCCCCCGCCGCCUGCAGCAGGGCCCAGGUGAGAGCGAGUACUCGGAGCCCUUCGAGGGCGAGCAGGACCCGGCGCCCGAGGGCGGCUGCGACGAGGAGGCCACAGGGUGCCCGCGGCAGGGCGAGGCCCGGCGGGUGCGGCCGCGCCGGGGUGCCCAGCUGUACGACACCCCCUCCGAGGAGUGGGACACGGCCGGGGACGGCCCGGGGGCACCCCCGGCCCGCCAGAGCCGCCUCCCCCGCGACGACGAGCGCCCGGCCGACGAGUACGACCAGCCCUGGGAGUGGAAGAAGGAUCACAUCUCACGGGCGUUCGCAGUGCAGUUUGAGAGCCCCGAGCGCUCCCCCAGCCUGUCCCGGGCACUGCCCCGCUCCCCCCGCGGCCCCCGGCCCGCCUGCCCCCCCAGCCCCGGGCACGUGGACACCUCGCUGCCCCUGGAGAAGCAGGCCUGGUACCACGGCGCCAUCGGGCGGGCGGGCGCAGAGACGCUGCUGGCGCUGUGCCGCGAGGGCAGCUUCCUGGUGCGCGACUGCGAGACCAGCCCCGAGGACUACUCGCUGUCCCUCAGGAGCAGCCAGGGUUUCGUGCACGUGAAGCUGACGCGGACCCGGGAGCAGCACUUCACGCUGGGCCGGGCCGGGGCCGCCUUCCCGUCGGUGCCGGCGGCCGUGGGGCACUACACGGCGCGGGCGCUGCCCGUGCGCGGUGCCCGCCACCUGUCCCUGCUCUACCCCGUGGCCGUGCAGCCCCUGUGA